AUGUGCCUGUCGGUGCCCAUUGGACCAAUUGGGACUAAGUGGAGCGGGGCUGACCUUGUGGGGGCCGCCUACCUGGAGAAGCCUUUCUUAUGGGACAAAGUGCGAGAGCAGCAGGGGGCAUACGGUGCUUGGGCCCGUGUUAGUGCUGCCGGUGUGUUUUCUCUCCUUAGCCACAGAGAUCCUGAGAUUCUGCUGACCCUCGGGGCUCUGCGUUCUACCCCAGCUGUUGCACAGACUUGGGCCGAGCAAGCCGACGAUAUCGAGAUUCUUGAGGCGAUCUUUCCUGCCAUCAGUUUGUUGGACCAUCCGGAGAAGCUGAGUGCAAAGGGAUUGACGAGCUUUUGGCGGUGGAUCAAGGGGGAGACACAUGACCACAUGAACGAGUUCAGGAGACAGAUUAUCACUAUGACCAAGGGAGAUAUCAAGAAGUUUGCUGAUAAACUAAAAGACGCGCUGAGGCCCAAUAUGCAGUCCAUUACACUGAUAGGCUCAGAGGCAGUUGCAAUGGCAGUUCGUGAAAGCGGAGAACCGCUCGAAAUAAUCCAUGCUAAUUAG